AUGUCAACUGUUCCCCCUACUACUGACAUUAGCCAUGGCUCCGCGCGACCAGAGUCCAAUGCCCCCUCCUCCUCCUCCCAACUCACCGGUCCUGAAGCGCUGCCAGAACUGAAGAAGCGUAUCAAGGCCGGGUUGAGGACUUAUCCAGACUUCCCCAAGAAAGGCAUCUUGUUUGAAGACAUCCUCCCCCUCUUCGCCUCGCACUCCCUCCACAGCGAUCUCAUUCGAGCCUAUGAACUCCAAGUUCUAGAAAGUUUUGGACCGGACAACACCCCAGAUGUGAUUGUCGGUCUUGAUGCCCGUGGAUUUUUGAUUGGGCCAACACUGGCACUUCGUCUAGGAGCCGGCUUUGUUCCAGUCAGAAAGCCAGGCAAACUCCCUGGAAAAAUUGAAACUGCCGAAUUCGAAAAGGAAUAUGGCACCGAUACCUUUGCCAUACAGUCGGAUGCAAUCAAACCCGGUCAAAAGGUCCUGGUGGUCGACGACUUGAUAGCGACUGGUGGAUCGGCAUCGGCAGCAGGAACACUAAUCCAAAAGAGCGGAGGAGUACUCCUCGGUUAUCUUUUCAUCAUUGAGCUCACCUUCCUCAAAGGCCGGGAUAAGCUUAACGCCCCCGUCUAUACGUUAUUAGAAAGUCAAUCGGAGUGA